AGAUUUCCUUCCACUUCACACUUCCUAAAGAAGAGAUGCUGAUUGGUCCUGCUGCUGGAGCCACGCCUCCUCUAAUCAAUCAGCUGAAGCAGACGCUGAGACACAGCACUCCCAUUGAGAUCUUUUCUGAGAAGUCAGACAAUGUGGGUGAUGUCUCUGCAGACGUGGCGAUGGCUGCCAGCGACAUUGUGUCUGGGGAAGGUGGCGAGGAUGGGACGGACCCUGGAGACAGGAAGCUGAGUUUGAGGAUGAAGCUGGUGACCCCAGUCGGAGAGGGCAGCUCUGAGUCCUUCAGUCUGCAGAAGCCGGCGCUGUCAGACGAGGAUGCAUCUGUGGUCAAGGUUGUGACCAGCUCGUCAGUGUUCAGUCGAGUCCGGCAGGUGCACAGACAGCAGGAGGACAACCAGCCUGGAGACAACGCUACAGCGGUCAGGGCGGAGCUGUUCGCCUCACCUCAGAGAAGCUCCCAGGCUUCCUCGCUGGGAUGCAACAGCCUGCCUAACAGCCAAUCAGAACCUUCACAACAGGAAACGGCACCGCAGCAGAAGACUGUAAAUACCCCCACCUCUGCUGACCAAUCAGAAGAGAGACGAGGACCACCCGGCGCUUCAGAGCCCCCGACACCAAACAGCCAAGAUGCCAGACAGAAGGCGAAUUCCCAGAAGUCCUUUGACAACAGCGUCAGCUCCAGUCCGUCCAACAAGCUCCGACAGCGGACGCUCUCCCAGCAGACCGGCGUCGAUGCAGAGGGGCUGCGCUCUCCAGUGGGAAGGGUGGAGCCAGAGUCUCCGUCCUUUAGAAGAGCCACAGGCCCCGCCCACUGCAGACACGUGCGCACCAUCCAGGAAGUGCGGACCACCAUCACACGGAUCAUUACAGAUGUUUAUUAUGAGGACGGCAAAGAGGUGGAUCGUAAAGUCACUGAGGAGAGCGAGGAGCCAGUGGUCGACUGCCACGUGUUGGACAGCGACAUCUCCCCGUGUCGCACGGGCAGCAGCUCUGUGACCUCCGGUGACCUGGGUGACAUCAGCUCUUUGUCGUCCAAGGCCUCCAGCCUGCAGCACAGCUCGGGAGGAACCAGCAGCAGCGCCGGCUUCACCAGGCCGGACUUCAUCAUGCCGUCCAGCCGAGGGGGCAGAUCCUUCAGUCCCAGGAGGGGAGGUGGAUAUCAACAGAGGGGUCACAGGGGUCAAAGGGCAGGGUCAGUGGUCACGAAGGACAGAGGCUAUGGCACCCUGGGGGCCCGGGCCUUCGUCCCGCUGACUCCCAGAGGAAGAGCCAGAAGGGGCCGGCCCCCGUCGCGCGCCUCGCUGUCCAGGCGAGGUGGUGUCGGGUCCCUGCAGAGACUCAGCGCUCAUGGCCGCCCACAGUCCUCCUCAGAGGACGAGCCCUUCACCCGCAUGCUCCCCCCACGUCUCCCCAUCAGCCCCUCGGACACGGAGCUCCUCAGCCACUCAGACUCCCUCAGGUCGUCUCCAGAGGAGGCGAGCUCGGCCAGCAGCAGCUUCGUCGGCCUGCGUGUGGUGGCAAAGUGGUCGUCUAACGGCUACUUCUACUCAGGCCGCAUCAUCAGAGACGCCGGGGAGGGGAGGUUCCGCCUGCGAUUUGACGAUGGCUACGAGUGCGAGGUGGUGGGGAAGGAUAUCCUGCUGUGUGAUCCCAUCCCUCUGGAGACAGAGGUCACCGCCCUGCUCGAGGACGAGUACUUCAGCAUAGGUGUUGUACGGGGCCAUAAGUCCGAGGGCCAGGAGCUGUUCUACAGCGUGGAGCGGGACGGACAGAGGCAGUGGUACAACAGGACGUCGGUCAUCCUGUCGAUUGAACAGGGAAACAAGCUGAGGGAGCAGCACAGCCUCGGACCCUACGAGCCGGCCACUCCUCUGGCCAAGGCCUCAGACAUCAGUCUGGAUAACCUGGUGGAGGGGAAGAGGAGGCGCAGAGUGGCCCCUGGAGGUCAGGACACUCCCAACCGCACCUCCUCUAGCAGCCCCCGCACCCCAGGCCCCUCCGGCAAGAGGAAGCUGAGGACGACCUCCGAGGACGACAGGACGACGGCCAAGAGAGGCCGCAGGGGUCCGGGCAUCAGAGCCGCUCAGCGGGUCGGAGUGUGUAACACCUCCGGCAGCGGCACAGACCUCCCCGGCCCGUCUGGUGAAUUGUCGGAGACUCAGGGUCCGCAGCCUCAGAACGCGUCUCUCUUCAUGGGCUUCGCCUUCAUGCUGACGGUGUCGUCAGAGAGCGACCGGCUGACCAAUAAGCUCACAGAGGAAGAGGAGGCGGAGGAGGAAGAUCACAGUCAGACGGGCCCCUUCAACAAAGCGUACACAGAGUCUCAGCUGCAGGCGGGAGGAGGCUUCAUCCUGCCCGACUUCAACGAGGAGCAGUGUAAGGCAGCCUAUCAGAGCCUGCUCAUCGCCGACCAGCACUGCCGCACCAGGAAGUACCUGCUGUGUUUGGCGAGCGGCGUGCCGUGCGUGUCACAUGUUUGGGUGCGUGACUGCUGCAAAGAGAACAAGCUGCUGAACUACAGGAACUACCUGCUGCCUGCCGGGGUGGGGCCGGACAACACCGUCGUAGAAUGGUAUGAUGCAGCGCCGCCUGGUGGUUUGACUGGGUGGGUUUCAGCAGACUGGACUCUGAUGAGCUGACUGCGUAUCGGAAAA